AGCGAAUAUUGCGACACCUUGCAACGCAUUCUUUUUAAAUAGACAAAAAACUACAAUUACAGUGAGGCGCGAGGAGCAGCUUUAGCAACAGUGCCUUAUCGUAAAGCAACAACCAAGGUUGAGUGAGGUUGGAAGCAGGGAGUAGCAGGACUUAAGGCCUGGAUUUGGCGGCCCGAAGGAAGGAGCAGCGUGGCAUCCCUCUCCUCCUCUCAUGUCCCCUCCCUGUGUGUCCUUGCAUGUCAGUGCCCCCUCGUCAUCCCCCCUGUGUCUCACCCUGCCAGUCCUCUGUGUUCCUCCCCCUCAUGCUUGGGACAGACUGGCCUCUCUGUCAGACCAAUGACUGCCUGGAUCAUACUGCCUGUCAGCCUGGCUGCCUUCUCGAUCACUGGGAUAUGGAUAGUAUAUGCUAUGGCUGUAAUGAACCACCACGUUUGUCCUGUCGAAAACUGGUCAUACAACGUAACAUGCACAGAGGAAACAGCCAAGCCGGGCUUCCCAAAAACAUGCUGCACCAUUCAAGACAUUCCCCUCAUCAGUAAAUGCGGAUCUUACCCUCCCGAGAGCUGUCUGUUCAGUCUCAUUGGUAAUGUGGGAGCUUUCAUGGUGGUGUUAGUGUGUCUGUUGCGGUAUGCUCAGAUCAUCGAGCACAGGAACCACUGCUGGCUCAACACCAGUGGACUUGUGUCUGGAUUCACCAAUGCUGUUGGAUUGGUCAUGGUGGGCAACUUCCAGGUGGACCAUGCUAAAACACUUCACUAUGUAGGUGCGGGCGCCGCGUUCCCAGCAGGCAUUCUUUUCGUGUGUUUGCAGUGUUUGCUGACCUACCGGGUGGCUGUUACGGCUCUGGACUACUGGAUGGCUCAUGUGCGUGUGGCACUGGCUACUUGUGCUCUCAUCACACUGGUUCUGAGUGGGAUAUUCUUCAUCCACGAGAGCUUUGUCUUGCAGCACGCAGCGGCCAUCUGUGAGUGGGUCUUCACUGUGGUCAUCCUCGUGUUCUACGGGACUUUCACCUACGAGUUUGGCACCGUCACCACCGAGACGAUGUUGGCCGGCCUCCAGCGGAACCUCUCGCACGGGCCCGGCGUCAUGAUCGGAGACGAUGUCCAAGCAGACACCCUGGGAAGCGCCACUACAAAGGGUUUAAAAUCUCCAGGAGGAAGCAGCACCUCCACCCAUCUGAACUGCACUCAUGAGAACAUCGCCAUGCUUUAAACACAUCGGCACACGCGGUCACAUACUGCCAGGUGGAAAGCCUCACGAUGGUGCACGCAUUUAAGAACACACUUGGGCCGAGAUUAAAGUCAUUUGGAGGAACCGUCCAGUCUUGAACGGGUUUACAGGUGUGACUGUUGUAAACUAUCAUUUCAGAUUUUAAGUUUUGUCUGAUUUGUCUUUCUUUAGUCCCGUUAUGCCUUGUGAGAAGCUUCUGUUGGUUUGUUUGUAGGUGAGAUGGUAAGAAUGAGGUUUUUUUUUUUUUUUUAAGAACAAGGACUUUAGGUCUACUUCAAGGUGGUUGUUGUUAGCACAGAUUCCUUGGUUUGUGAGGUCAGAAUUGUUGCACUGGGCGAUGGGGGUACAUUUUUACUGUCACGUUUGCACAAAUGUUUCAGGGGUAUCUCUUUUAGAGCUUGCUACUGUUUGCCCACACAUAUUGUUGCAAAUGAAUGAUUUGCACGAAACACAAUGAAUGGACUUUGAAGAUUUAAGUUCUUUCACAUUUUGUUUGGAAUUGCAGACUAUCAGGAUCCGAGCAUUAUCAUUUUUGUGAAUGUCUAAAUAUACGGAUCGAACUUUAGCACCUUUUUUUUUUAUUUUGGAAUUGGAAAAAAAUGCAAUUGAAAUCUAAUACAAUUUCAUCUGAUUUACCCAUUUUUUGUAAUGGUGGCCUUGUUAAUGACGCAGUGGGGAAAUGUUUUGUCAUGCUGGCUUGCUUCUGUUCUGUUUCAUGCCCGUUUGUAGCCUCUGACGAGGUGGGUUUUGUUUAUCAUUUCGAGCGGGAGGAAGUGAUGUAAGUUGACACCAGCUCUAUCCUUGCCUUCCUGGUUAGUUGAGUAGUUGUAGAAUACAUAUAUUCACUGUACAUGCACAUUUUUAUAUCAAUUUUUAUUUACAUUUUUUUUUUCUCUGUCCAGUCCAUAAAAACCACUCCAAAAAUGCCACAUUUAUUUAGCGUUUUCCAUUGUAAUUUUUUCUUGCCGAUUGUUUCGUGUAGUUUAGUGAAUCACAGUGAUAACUAAUUCAACUGAUGUGAAGUUUUUUUGUUUUUGUUUUUUUUACACAAGCAUCACAUCAGUUUUUGUUUUUCUCCGUUGCCAAAGGAUGCAUUUCAAAAUAUGUACUGUAUGCCUUUGAUUCAUUGUUUCUGUAUGUGUAGCAGGACACAUAGCCACUGAGAAAAUGACAGUACUGCAAUAUUAACAAAUUUUGAAACGAUUAUAUGAAUGAAACAAAUUGGUCUCCAGGCUGGAACCUAGGAAACCGUAUUCAAACAUUCUGAGGGUUGAGUGGUUAUGGUGGCCUUAUGCUGUAGUAUUUUUGUGACGUACCUUAUUCAGGCUGUCAAUCAAAGGUUCUUUAUUGCUUUUAAAGUGACUCCAGAUUUAUUGUGCUUUAAAAUUUAUAUUUUACACAGAAAUGUGCCAGGUAUUGUCUGUUUGUUUGCCGCCCUCAAAUGGGACAGAUGCAUCUCAUGCCAAUGAUCAGACUGUAAAUUUAGAUGUGGUCUCUAGGCAUCAUACAUGUUUAUUUCUGUUGACUCCUCUAUUAUUGGAGAGCUAUUUGAAAUAUUGUUUCCUCUUCUCAUACAAGGGAGUUUAUAUUCACAGGGCUGCACUGUACAACUGAAACCAUCCAUUAAAUAUUAGUUGUUUGUUAUGAAAUACAUUGAGCUCAAACCAAACUGCACAUAGAGGUACAGUAACUUAAUGGGUCAAGCUUAAACAAACACAAAAGGGCGUAAAAUAUUAUGAUGUGCACAAUGUUGAUGUCAUUUCUCAUUAAUUGCCUUUUUUUGCCAUGUCCCAGCAACACUUGGUAUAAAUUACAUGCAAUAUUUGUCAAUGCAUAUAGUGCAUAUCAUAUCCGAACAGCAGAUCAGUCAUUUAUAGGUCACCUAAGAGCAAAAGGUUGAGCAAGAAUUGGUUUUUUUUUGUUUUUUUUACAAUUUGAACUGAUUUAAGGCUUGCGGUCAAAGACUUUGAAGUCACAAGGAAGCACUGUCAGAUAUUUUCAUAGUUUUUUUUUUUUUUUUUUUGACGUUACAUGCUUUUCAGCCGUUGUCUGGAUAGAAGUUAUUUUUCUGAUGCCUUUAAAUGAUGUAAUCAAAGUAUUUUUAUCAACGCAUUGCGUCUGUUAUGAACACAACAAAGACGUGAGGUUCACACUCCAAAAUCGAAAUAAAAACAAUGCAGAGAAUAUUUUUAUGUUAUAAAUUACUUAUGUAAAUAAGUAAGAUUUAUGUAUAAUUUCAAUGAUUUUCUUUGACAGAGGUUUAUAUUGAAUUACCAAAACAUCCAAUGGAAAAUAAACAAGUGUAUCUGUA